AUGACAGCCGCGCCUCCGUCGUCGUCGUCCCAUCCACCGCCGCAUCACUCCCCCGUCGGCGAGACCUAUCCCGAUCCCCCGUCACACAUCUCGGACCCGUCAUUGCGAGCCGACGCACCCGAUCCCAAUGAUCCAUACGCCGAUUUGAAACGGCCGCGCGCCUGCGAAGCCUGUCGCCAGCUCAAGGUCCGCUGCGACCCCGAUCCAAACCACCCGUCCGGCACGUGUAAGCGCUGCGCGAAGGCCCGCCGGGCUUGUAUUGUCACGGCACCGAGUCGCAAGCGCCAGAAGAAGACGGACAGCCGCGUUGCGGAGCUCGAGCGCAAGAUUGACGCCUUGACGGCUAGCCUUCAGGCCUCCACGUCUGCCUCUCCGCAGGUCCAGGAGCCGUCGAUGUCGCGAGAACAGGUGCCCCCGCCGUCGGCGCGGGAGGAGCACCAUCCCGGACGGCGGUGGUUGGGACCUACAUUACCGUCUGGUGCAGCUGAUGGUCCGCCCCCCGUAAGUGGUGUCGCAGGGAGCAAGCGAGGCCCUAACGGGGAGGUCAAGGCGUCUAGAGAUGGCGCGUUUAUGGGGUCAUAUGAGCGCGAGUCGAGUUCGGCUUCUGAUCAAACGCCUGGGGAGAAUGCGGGGCGGCAGUGGCGAGGUCCGUGGUCGAACCCGCGGUCGUCAUCGAGGUCGGAGGCUGCGAGCGAGCCGGUGGAUAUUGUUGAUCGGGGUAUGGUGAGUGAAGAGUUAGCCACGAAGGCGUUCGAUCGGUUUGUGACACGCAUGGCGCCGAGUAUCCCACUGGUGAUGUUUCCGGCGGGCACGACGGUGGACCAGAUUCGACGGACCAAGCCAGUACUUUUCCAUGCUAUCGUGUGUGUGGCAGUGGGCUCAUUCGCACCCGACUUGCAGGUCCCCAUCACGGAGGACUUUUACAAAACGGUUGCGGAAAGGACUAUCGUGAAAGCUGAGAAGUCUCUUGAGCUGGUGCAGGCUAUCCUGGUGACCUGCAGUUGGUACAUGAUACCGAAUCAUUUCGAGCAGCUCAAGUUCUAUCAGAUGACGCACCUGGCUGUCUCGAUCGGAAUUGAAUUAGGUAUGUAUCGGCAGGCGACAGUGAAGAACAAGCCUUUCAAUUUCAUGAGGGACUACAUUCGUGGAGGGCCGCCGUCGUUGGAGCCGAAUUCGCCAGAGGUCCGACGCACCUGGCUAGGCUGUUACUUUCUGGCGGUGCACGUCACCGUCUCCCUGAGGCGAACGAUCCUUGUCCGCUGGAACUCGUAUAUGGACGAAUGUAUCGACAUCUUGGAGAAGUCACCUGAUGCAUUGCCGUCAGAUAAGAGGAUGAUACAGUGGGCCAAGCUAUCGCACAUCAUGGAAGAUAUCAACGUGCAAUUUUUCACGGAUGAUACGGGAUUCGACGGCUCAAUGUUCGAGCCCAAGAUGCAGUACACGCUGAGGGCAUUUGAGAAACAAUUGGAAGAGUGGAAGAGGGAAGCACGAUCGGAAGAAAAAGAUCAUGCCCCCGUAAUGCAACAAGCCGAACAAAUCAUCGACCUCUACAUGCACGAACCGGCCAUGCAUAUGGAUCCAAAUGGCCAUGGCCCCAAGUCAGCGGGAGACACCCAUACCAGCCCUAUUAGCACCGCACAUGUGAAUGCACUCGGUAGUUGUCUCACGGCUUGCCACAAGGCACUGGACAUCAUCUGCGAUGUGGACAUCCACGACCUCAUCUGCCUCCCGGUGGUGUCCCAGGCCCGCACGUCGUUUGCGAUCGUCGGACUGAUUAAACUGUACUCGAUCCUUUCGGGCCCAGACAGCAGUCUCGGGCAGAUCAUCGAGCCGGCGAGUCUUCGAGUCGAGUACUAUUUGAACCGCGUGAUCGAGCAUUACGGCGCUGCCGGUGAGCUUCCUGGAGGCAGGACCCCGGCCAAGUUCGCCGUGGUGCUGGGGCUGCUUCAGAGAUGGUACAAUACUCGUAAAGACCGUUCUGCCGAGUUGAAGGAGGCAUUUGGCCGUGGCUUUCCGUGCGGGACGGACCAAACAGACCAGGAAUCAAACGUCGACAAGAACCCCCCGGUAAGUUUCUCCAUACGCACUAUAUUUAAAUGGGAGUGGACUAAAGGCCGACAGAAAUCGGGCGCCACCCCGCUCCACCUCCUCAGUGAAGUCGCCAUGGGCGACCCCAACCGUGCCGGAACAGCAGGGUAUCUCCCAUCCUCGCGACCUGGAGCCUCAAACUACUCUCCAAACAUACCCAGACAGCCACCGCCCUCGUCUUCAGAACUUGUCUCCCCACAUCAAGCGCUAGCAUCGGGACCUAGCCCUGGGACUAACAGCACCAAUGCUGUCUCCGACUGGCCGCCCUACCAACCAUCCAACACUACCAGGCCAUUCUACCCACCCUUUGGCUCGACAGACACGACCUCAGCCGCACCGGCGUACCAGGAGAUCCCGACAACGGGGUACCCGGAUCUCGGGGCUGCUGGGAUGGGCAUGCCCGGGAUGAACCUGGGCUUCUUUGUUCCCGAGCUGGGGAUGCAGGUCCCAUUCAACCCGGAAAAUUUGCUUGCCCUGGAGACGAUGAUGGGCGAUGGGUUCUUGAAUUUGCCGCUGUCGGCGGAUGCGGGAAUGGGGUAUUAUUCUUGA